CGGGCGUGUAAUUGUAGGCGCGGCGAAGAUGCUUCGACCGUGCCUUUUCCAUUUGUCGAGGCAGCCAGCAUCGAAGCAUCUUAUACCGUUCGUCCUCGUGGGCAUUCCAAGCGGGAAUUCUCGAAAGCCAGUUGUGCCGUAGAAACACGCGUCGCGGCCUGCCGCUCGCCGGUACUUUCAAGUGCUCGUAAAACUGCUGUUUUCUCGCUCUGUGCUGUUUUCGAGUAUACCGAAUUUUCCUGACAGGGGACCAUUAUCGAGCACCAAAGUGUUUGAGUAACUACUUGACCUCGACGUCUACAAAUCUUACGGUCAAAUUCUGCUGAAUUGAAUAUUACGUGGCAGGAUGGAUGCUGAAACUGGGGCCAUUCUGGCCCUGCAAAUAUUAGCUCUCUGCUCGAUAGUUGCUGCCCUGCUGGCUUAUCUAAUGCGGCAAUCGAGGAAUGCCACCGAUGAGUACGAGUCCCGCAACAAACGCCACGUACUCGUGACGAGCUGCGAUACAUGCGUGGGUCUGCAAAUCGCCCUUGCACUAUACGAGGCUGGUUACAAGGUGUUUGCUGGCCUACUAGAUCCCUCGUCCCUAAAUUCACCGUCGAUGAAAAUCUUAAGGGCAAUCGAGCAGCAGAAAGAAAGAGAGGAGGAUCCAACGAACACGAAUCACAGGAACCCGCAAGAUCCGGAAGUACGUGCUCGCGGCCAAAUCGUGCCAUUGGAAUUGGACUCAACGAGAGAAGACAGUCUCUGGGCAAUCGUGCACACUGGCGGCUUGGCCCUACCCGGUGCCAUAGAGAGACAACCGAGUUCGGCGUGGGAAUCUAUGUUGCGACAUAACUUGGUGGCGCCGCUUAGAACCGCCAGAAUGUUCAUCCCCCUUUUACGUGCAAAAAGAGGACGCAUCGUUCUUUUGGGCGACUCCGCGACAAGUUACGGUUCGAAAAUUGGAACAGGACUGGUAGCGUACAGCGCUUCCAGGAAGGCCGUAGAAGGAGCUGCAGAAGCAUUAAAAAGUGAACUACAAUCUUCUGGGGUCGACGUCGUUCUCCUCAGACCGCCACCUGUGAAUCCCCUUAUUCUUUAUAAUUUGCCAGUUCUCAAAACCUGCGACGUGGAAUCGGGAAUAAUAUCUUCGGAGGGAACAUGGACCGCACCUGUAUCUACAUAUGCCAUUCAAAACUCCUUAAUCCCCGCACUCACGUCGCCUUGUCCACGUAUUUCUUACGACAUGGCUGCCAAGGCAAAACUCUUCUGUAGAUGAACCAAUUUUCAAUUAGCGGACGCUAACGUACAUCUAAAUCUCGACUAGUUUUACGUCAAAUUAUGUAUCAGUGUGAAAUAUUUUACAAGACUAAUGACUGCUAAUGCAACAUCCGAUAAACUUGGUCGCAAAUUGAAUGCAUUUUAAUUUCAUAUCAUCUUGUUAAAUGUAUCGAGAGACAUGCGUUUUCGAGAAAAAUAUAUACAAUGUACAGUUUUGUAAUUAAUACACCAUGUUAAUAGAGAUUAACUGUAAUUAA